AUGGCUGCUACGUUGAGCGGGACGUAUACCUCCGCUCCUGACACACCGUCUCCGGUUUUCCCUGAUCGACUUAUCAGACCCCUCCCCAAACGCCCAAUACGCUCGCGCCUAUCCCCUGAGCUUGCUGAAUCUAUUCUAUACCCGCCCGCACCUCCGGUCACCCAACUCUUUUACGGUUCUGAUUGGGCGGGAAAUGGAGAAGUCGUAAAUGGAGGCAAGGUCUUUAUGCAGCGAGACAGCUAUGCGUUCGAUCAAGACUCUGAAGAUGACAUCGAAGUCUAUGCAGUCGGUGCAGACUCUGAAGAGGACGGGCCUCCCGUCGCCAGACGCAGUCUAGGAAGAGCGCCCCCCUCUCUCUCGGAAUACGGAAAGCAUACGGGAACGACCUCCAAAGCUAGCUCGAAUAGUCUUGACGGUUAUGAUGCGUUUGAGAAUACAAACAACAAAAAGAAAAGGAAAAUACCGACGUCAGGUGGUCUAGGUUGUCACUCGAGCCUUUCAGCGGACAUCUUGGGCAUGAACCCUACCGGUCCAAAUGGUGCGAAUUCAGGCAUCCUAGAGGAAGCUAGCAUGCCCGGGUCUUACUACGGGUCAGGCAACCCUGUGUCUCCAUCAGCCUCUGGCCUCUCAGGCCCUGGACGUGGGAGAUAUAGUCGAAAUGUGGUCCGUUCUGCCAAUGGACGGGCGCCUCUCGCUAAUUCCUCGAAUAACUGGGUAGGCAAUCGGCCUGGGGGUAGCCGUCGGGGCUUCAAUCACGACACCGCAUAUCCAUCAUCCUCUCCGAAGCAGGGAGGCAACAUAAGCUUGUUAAACGAGUCAACGAAGCCCGCACCUGCAAAAACCCAAUUUACUUUCACGUGCGAGUCAGACUCGUCGAAAGGCAUGGCUUCCUGGCAAACCCAGAAUGCGUACUCUCUUUCGCAACCGCCUCGACCAGUCUCUCAAUCAGGAGCCGCGUCCGCCGCCGCCGGGCAGAGGAGGUUCUCCACCCAAGGCACGCAAACGAGCCCCAACAUGACAUCGCAAGUCAAUCAGCAUAGUCAAGCUGCUGCUGCUGUUGCUCCUCAGCACGCUAACCAACCCGCACAGCCGUCAGCGCAAGGGAAGAAACCCCGCCGAUCGGCCCGGAGUAUAUAUGCGUUCGCGGCACGCCAACGUCGGAUACAGCAGCAGUAUACUAACCUACACCACCCACCUAACCUUGAAGAUAUUUGGAUCUGCGAGUUUUGCGAGUAUGAGAGCAUAUUCGGACAUCCUCCCGAGGCGUUGAUCCGACAAUAUGAGAUUAAAGAUCGGAAGGAACGCAGAAGGUUGGCAGAGAAACGGAGAUUGUUGGAAAAGGCCAAAAUGAAAGGACGCAAAGGCAAAAAGCCCCCCAAGAACUCAGCGAAGAAUGCAGCCGCACAACAGCCUGCUUAUCAGCAGAACUAUGACCGACAAGCGAUGCCAGAGCAGCCCAUGGAAGGUCAGGGAGAUCAAGAAGAAGACUACCUGGGUAUUAUGGAAGGCGAUGAGUAUGAAGAACAGGCCCCACAGUUUCGCCAUCCUCCACAGGCGGGCCCGGCAAGAGUACCACCACCGCCAGGCCAUAAUCACCCCAAUCAAUCGAACAGUCAGUCGAAUGACGGGCUAGCGGGAGGUGGGACUGGGCGUGCUGGAUGA